UUCGUUCCGUUCCUCCGGAGCACUUUGAUUUCUCUCUCCACUCUCCAUCCAUCCAAGAGCAAGAGCAAGACGACUCCUAUCCUAUCCUAUCGCUCCGGCUGAAGUUAGCGGGUCGGGUCGGCAAUGUUGUCCAGGCUUUCCAAGCAGCUUUCGCUGUCCGCUUCCACUUCCAGGAACUUACUCUUUCAAAAGUGGUUCUCUCCAAAUGACGGAACUUCUCUGUGGUCCUGUUCCUUUGCCACGCAAUCUGGAACAUCUACUGCUAGACAAAGUUUCGUGGCAGAUGGGAGCAUGACGGAUAAAAUAUUUGCUUCUUAUUCUGUAUACAAAGGCAAAGCUGCAUUGUCCACCUCACCAAUGCUCCCAACAUUCAGAAAACUGGAUUCUGGUGGUGUCAAACUUGAUCGCAAGGGAUCAAUCAUGCUGACAUUCUGGCCUGCGGUUGGUGAGCGCAAGUAUGAUUGGGAAAAGAAGCAGUGUUUUGCCUUAUCUGCGACGGAGGUUGGAUCGAUGAUAAAUAUGGGUCCUCAAGACACUCGUGAAUUCUUCCAUGACCCUGCUAUGCUGUCAAGCAAUGCUGGUCAAGUUCGGAAGAGCUUAUCAAUCAAGCCGCAUGCUGAUGGUAGUGGCUAUUUCUUCUCAUUGAAUGUUGUUAACAAUAUUCUGAAAACCAAUGAACGAUUCGUGGUUCCUGUGACUGCUGCUGAAUUUGCAGUUAUGAGAACAGCUUUUAGUUUUGCUCUGCCGCGCAUAAUGGGAUGGGACCAAUACAGUAACCAGCCACUUGGGACCGCACAUAAGAACCCAUCAAAGGUGCUUCCUCACCUAACGGACUCGGAAUGGGAUAAAUGAAGCUCUGUGCAGGUGAUCUGUAUGUAAUUAGUGUGAGUUUUGGCAGCACCUCCGCUUAUUUGGCCGAUAGAAGAAAGACGAAGUUUGUCUGGGUGUUGCCGUGUUGUUACUUUUGUGGAUUUGGUGCACUAGUGAUUAAUUUAUAUGUGGCCGACCGAAUGAAUGCUGAGGUUGGCCUGGAGAUUGUUGUUCCCCUAUUUUGUAUAUCAGGAGGGAAUGCAGCAACAGUUCUAAUGGACGGUUCUAAAAACUGUCUUUUAACUCCUGAGUGGAUGGACAUCCUUCAAUGGAAUGAAAGACAAUUCCAGUCUAAUGA